AAAAAACAUAAAGCAGUAGCAGCGGCGGCAAACGGUCGCCGCUGGAAGGAGAGAGAAGAGGCGCGCGCGCGUGGUGUGUGUGUGGCAGGUAAUGAGCGCGCUCUCGGGGAUGUGGCGGGUGGCGGAUGGUGGAGGAGGCGGCGGCGAUGAUAAGGCAACGGUUGGUCGGCAGAUGAUAAGGCAACGGUUGGUCGGCAGACCCCCCCACCCCCGCCUUCAUUUCCCCUGAAGCGAUGGGCAGAGGAGCCGGGCCUCUCUCGCUCUGCCUCCUCGCUCUCUUUCCUGCAUCCUUCGUGGCUCAGUUUGGGUCCCCGGCGCCUCCAUCCCUCCUGCCCUCCGUCCCUUCCCUCCCACCUACAACAUCUCCCUUGAGCGGACGAUCCCCUCGGAUCCCUCUCCCUUGAGCGGACGAUCCGGUGAGGAGCAGGUAUCGGAGGGUCUUCUCCGGUGAGGAGCAGGUAUGGAAGGGGCGGGGGGGGGGAGACCUGACUCGAUUGCCUGCGGAAAUGUGUGGGGAGGAGUGUUUAAGUCCCAUAGCAGGUUCCCUCCCUCUCUCUCUCUCCUCUUCAUCUUUGGUUAAAUUUCCGUGUGUGAAGGAUGUGCAUAUUGUGUGUGGUGUUGCUGCUGCUCCUGCUGCUCCUGCUGCUACUAAUACAAAACCUUCCCUGCCUGCUCAGCAACUGCUGCUCUCCCCGCCCACCCUUCCCGGUCAUCCUUUAAGUAAAUGAAAUAAUAAUAAUAAUAAUAAUAAUAAUAAUAAUAAUAAUAAUAAUAAUUUUAUUUAAAAAACUGGAGGGGGAAGGCACCCACCUAUCUGUCUCUUCUGGUGGUGGCUGCCUUCAUGGCGUUAUGGGAAAAGGGGAACCCCCCCUCACACAGCUUUUUUGCCCCAAUUCUUUCUCCUGAGGAGAGUCACACCUUUCUUUUUUUAAGGGCUUGGAGAAAUUAGGUUUUUGUUCAUCUAUCUGCCCCUCCUGUUCUCUUAGAAAGGAACCCCAUUUUUAGGGCAGGGGGCACCAGCCUCCAUUCACAAGUGGAGAGGCCCUCCUUAGACAUUAAGUGCUUCUGUUGUUUGACCCAGAUCCUGCUUCUUCUGGCAAUUGAUUUGUUCUUUCUUUUCCUGGUUGUGUGUAUCUUUCACUCCUCAGGGCUUCAUGCAACGCCUCUGUCAGUCUGUAAGAUCAUCUAUCCCGACCAGGGUGAUGCUUUUGCUCUGCUUUGCUCUGACACUUACGCUGGUAACGAAUUGACUGUUCUCCUGGAAAAAAGAGAGAGAGGGAGAUGGAUACUUGGAGCUUCAGUUGAUCUCAUGGGUAGUUUAGAGAUAAUGGUUGCCACUUUCUGCUUAAUUGCAGCAGCCUGCUUGAAAUAGGGCUAAAAAUAGUGGCUGGGAAACAUUGAUAAUUAUACUUUAACAGAAUUCUUUUUUAAAAAAGAAAAUGUAACAUCACUACAUGUGGCUUUCAUUCAGUUUUGUAUGAUAUACAGUAGGCUCAUUUCUGGUCUAAGACUGGACACAAAUAUAAGAGGGAAAGAUGAUUUGAAUGAGAAAAUAAAGAAAGUCAGGUCUCCCCAGAAUGCUUGGGAGUUAUUCAAAACCACAGUAAUAGAAACAUGAGAAGAAUAUAUACUGCAGAUUAGGGAAGGUAGGACUGAGGCCAAGAGGAUUCCAGUGUGGUUAAAGAGCAAAAUCAAGGAAUAUAUUAUGGGUAAAAAGGCUUUCUUUAGAAAAUGGAACUGUCCAUAGAAGACAAUAAAAAUGAACACAAGCUUUGGGAAAAGAAACACAAGCAGAUGAUAAGGGAUGAUAAAAAAGAAUUUGAAAUGCUCAUUGCAGAAUACACAAAGAUUAAAAGCAAAUCUUUAAAUACAUUUGUAAAAGCAAGCUGACUGGAGAGGCAGUUGGAGUCGCAAGUAUGCUAAACAAAGAAAGAUUGCACAGAAGCUGAAUGAAUUAUUUCCACCUGCCUUCACUGUGGAUUGUAGAAGAUUUAGGGCAGAUUCCUAUAUCUGAACUAAGUUUCACAGGAAAAAAUUGAGGAACUGAAGCAAAUGGUGGAUACAAGAGACAAAAUUCUAGGUCUUAUUGACAAAACAAAAACUGACUUGAGUUCAGAUUGCAUCCACCUCAGACUUCUUAAAGAACUCAAAUGUGAAAUUGCUGAUAUUCUAUCAAAUAUAUGUAGUAUGUCCCCAAGAUCAGCUUCCAUACCUGAGGACUGGAAAGUGAUUAGUAUAAUAUUAUUUUUAAAAAAGGGAUUCGGGAGGAAUUCAGAAAAUUAUAGGCCAGUUAGCUGGCUUUAUAGUAAAUUCAAUUUUAUGGGAGGGUGUUUUAGGCUCAGAAUUGGGGCAGAUAUUUCUCCCCUACAGAUAAAGUAUUUAAUUGGAAAUUACACAGUUUUUAUAUGAUGGUUCCUUUAGGGCAUGGGUAGGCAAACUAAGGCCCGGGGGCCAGAUCCGGCCCAAUCGCCUUCUAAAUCUGGCCUGCGGAUGAUCCAGGAAUCAGCACGUUUUUACAUAAGUAGAAUGUGUCCUUUUAAAUUAAAGUGCAUCUCUGGGUUAUUUGUGGGGCAUAGGAAUUUGUUCAUUUUUCCCCUUCAAAAUAUAGUCUGGCCUCCCACAAGGUCUGAGGGACAGUGAACCAGCCCCCUGCUGAAAAAGUUUGCUGACCCCUGCUUUAGGGGCUUUGACAUCUGUUUUGCUCCCCAAGAGUUGUAAAUGUGAGCAGAGAAACCUGUUCACUUUAAGACUUGAUAGGUUUCUAUAACACCCUUACUAAUAAGUCCCAUGUACCACAUUAAUAAUAGAGCCCAGAGAGUCUUGAGCUGUCACCUUGAGUUUUUUCAUUGCUUCCUUUUUGUGCUCAUCUGUAAUUGGGUAGGACUUAAAUGAAAGACUUAGUGCAUACUUAUUGGCAUCACUCUGUACUUUUAUGUGUGUCUCGUGCACUUUAAAGUUAAUUGACAAAGGUGGUUCUGUACACACCCUUCCAUGUGUCAACAUAACCACUCAGUUUGAAGUAAAGUACUGAGCCAAAAAAGGUGUAUGUGUGUAUAAUUGUUUUUCUAAAAACAUACAUACUAUGUAAACAGAAGCCCAAGUUCACUGGCUUUUGUCAGGCCAAAUUGCUGGAGUGGGGAAAGUAUAGUAAAAAGUCGCUUAUGGGCAGUGCCAUGCAUCUAGUUUUAAGUAAACUGCUAGUGUCCUUCAUUCUCUUUCACUGUAUGAUCACUUGUUACCAAAACCUGCAGAAAUAAGUUUAUGGUUUACUGUUCCAAUGUAAACAAUUGGGAAAGAAGCAAUUUCUUCUCCUGCAUUUUCAUGAUCCGAUAUUAGCUACUGGCUUGCUUUGUUUCUUGCCUUCAAUAAGUAAUUUUCCUAUGUUUGUGCAUACACAAUGUAUGUAACCAAGCUGUCAGUUAAUUGCAGAAUUUAUCUACUGAACAUGGUAAUGCAGCUUCACAAUAUAGAAACUUCCCUCUAAUAUCAGUGUUUCAGAUAUUUAACAAGACUUUCCAUAUCAUUCAGUCUUUUUUCUCCCCAUUGAAAAAGCUGGGUUACAAAAAUCCUAAACACUUGAAAUUUAAUGCUGGCUGGCAGUAAUUCAAGUUAUACUUGAAAUAUCAAUUCCAUGGUAGUUUGUCUCCGAAUCUAUCAUUUGGCACAGACUUAGGUAAAUGUUGUAUGUGGUUCUUUUUUGCUAGCUCAGAAGAAUUUUGCAAGUUUGAGUUGGUCAUGUCCUUUCCAAAUUGACCUUACAGAUCUAAAGCUGUCUUCCUGAAACCACAUUUGCCUUGGCAGCUCCAUGUGAAGUUGGGAAGAUUAUAGAGCACUCUACUUAUUUUGUAUGUGUUCAUUAUGGAUAUCUGCUUACACCAUGAACAACAAUGAGUUGCCUUUCCCAUGGUAGUGAUUAUGGUUGCUGCUGGGCAAAUUUAGUUCAUGUCAACAUGUCCAUUGUAAGUAACAUGCACUACCCUUGCGGAUAAGUGCCUUCAGAUUUUAUUAAGGCUUGGCUCUGCACCAUUACCCUGAAGACAUUCAAUUGUUAAAAGAACUGGUAUGUUUACUUUAUUUUUUUAACAGGUAUCUUCUAUAGUAUCUUUUUCUAUCAAGUCUCCUCAGGGGUUCCAUGAAGAUGGUUGUCCCUGGGAGUGCCCCUAUAAUUCAGCCAGACCAUAGUCUUGGAACUGAACUCAGCCGGGGCUCAGCAGAGAACUCUGUGAUGGGUCCCGAUACUGAACCAGUGGAUGAUCAAGUGGGCCCUGAGCUGGAAGAGGUGCGGAAAUUGCAAGAACUUGUGAGGAGACUUGAGCUCCAGAAUGAGCAGUUGAGAACUAGAAGCCUUCAAAGUGUGCCAGAGGCAAAACUGCUGAGCCAAGCUGGCGCUAGAGUGGAUAAUUGCAAUUCCAGGCUCAAUGGGAUGGAAAUGAAUAAUAGCAUCAACACUCUGAUGGAUAAACAGGAAUUGCAGAUAGUGGCAGACUUACACUCUGCACUGAGUAAAAUGAGUUCAGAAGCAGAGGAGACUGAUGACAUCUUGCAAAAGGAUGUAGAGGCCACAGAACAGAACAACUGUACCGGUGGUUGUGGGGAACAGCCUCCUAACCCAAAGUUUGUGAGCAAUACAGAAAUGCAGAACAGUGAUGCUAAUACCAAUGACUUGUCUAGUUGGAAUGGUGGCAGCACAGUGCUAGUAGAAGACUUCAUCACAGGUAUUGAGCCAGCACUGAGAAAGAGCGAAGGGGAUGCAGAAGUAGAACACCUCUUUAAUGAGACAACUCUGGAUGAAGUGGAGCUGUUAGAACUUGAGAAUGCUGACGAUGAAGAGGACACCUGGUAAGUCACUCAAAAUUAUGCCUAUCAAGGGAGGAGGGAACUGGACCAAAUUUCUGGAGCAGUUUCUAUUUUGUUUUGUUGUUUUGAAUUGAGAUAAAAGAAAUGAGGCCUUCAUCUGUGUUCAGAGGAAUUAAACCAGGACUCCUUGGUUUUGUCAGCAACUUUUCCUAAGUGUAAAGUCAAAGAAAAAAAUGGACAUUUGGGCAGCCACUAUCCACACAUACUCUGGAAGUGGACAGGUUCUAAGGGAAGCAGCCCAAAAAAGUCCACAAAAAGUGUAACUGCUACUGGCCCCUAGAGCUAUUAGUUAACACAGCAGUGCAAAAUGUUGCAUUACAGGUGCAUCACUCCUCACAUUGUAGUUGUGAGUGAGGCGGGUGGUUGUUUAUUUUGGGCCCUGCCCUGAUCAGUUCAAGAGACAGCCAUAAACUGAGCUGGAAGAUAUUAAGGAGUGUUUGCCUCUGUAGUGUAGGAUGCAUUUCCACUACUACUCACAUUUGAUUUUGCCGAAUGUGGUGGGGUGUUAUUGCCAGUUCUUGUUCCUCAUACAACACGUGUUUGGUACAUAAAUUAUAUAUAGACAUAAUAAAACGUGUAGAGGCCCUGAGCCACUACUGCUUGUGACAGUUAUUUACUUACUUUAAAAACCUGUAUCCUGCUUUUCACCAUCUAGGCCUCAAAGCAGCUUACAAAAAUAGUAAUAUACAACAUACAACAAUUAAAAUAUCAACCUCAUUAUUUUUUUUUUUGCAUGAAUCCAGCUAUUCAUUAGAAAGAAAUUAUGUAUAGUCAUUUUUUUCCUGGCUGGAAUAUGCUUGCUGUGGAGGCUUGUGCAUUUAUAAUUUUUGUGGAAAGGUAUGUGGGAAUUGAAUGUUGUAUACACCUUGAAUUUUUGUGAGAAUAGAGAACUUCAUUUAUCUAAAGCUGUAUGUGACUACUUCUCAGGAAGUGAGUCAUGAUACUGGUUGUAGUUAUUGCUCAUAUGUCAAUAUCAUAGAUAGUUACCUAAUAAUUUGUGGCAGGACUUAUAUUUCAUAUAGCCAUGGGUCUUGCUAAUUCUCUGAAGGAAUGUCACACCUGCUGCAUUCCAAUAAAUGCCUGUUUUAAAGAUAAGUGCUAGGAAGUUCCAUCUUAAUUGUUCAUUCUGUUUUUCACUAACAAGCCUUUGUGAGUGAAGUGUGGCAGACUUACCAAUGAGAAACGGAGGUAGAGGCAUCAUUUCUGCAUUUCUGCAGUUGAAGUUGGUAUCUAGAGAUUACUUAAAACACUGUGGCAUACCUGCUUUCUGCGGUGUACCCAUAUCUUGUCGUGGAUAUCCUAGCAUAAUAUAGCUUUUUGAUAGAAAAUGGAUUGGAAUACAGAAAUAAAAGUGCAUUAUGUGUUUAUACUGUAGUACUCUGCUUCAGAACAAGAUGUUAUAAAAUGUAAGAAAAAUAUUAGUAUUUUUUUUCUAUUUGGAAUAAAAUGGAAGACUUCCUCAGCUCUUAAAGUAGGGGCUUGUUUUUGUUUUGUGCUAGGACUUUUCCCUUUUAGUUAACCAUGAUUUUUUCCUUUCUUUGGCUAAAGAACCAGUCUUGUUUAGAAGUUAAACAAUGAAAUUUGUAAAUUCCCAACACUUUCUUUUCCCAUCCUUCUUGAUGUAGUGUCAGUUUUUUUCUCUUAAGCUGUAUGAAUGAGUAACUCAAAAUCUUCCCAGUUUGGAACUCUCUUUUAAAACUAUUAAAAGGGGUCUCUUUGAGUACUUUAUUAAAAAUGUAUUCGGCAAAAAUUAUCUGCUCUAACCACAAGCAGUUCAAAUUAGUAAAAGCUGCUGCUGGAUAGCUUCUUUUGCUGUGGCACCAUUGCUUGUUGGACUCUACCAGAACCACCUAAUUCACCAAGUAUCAUUAGAAAAAAUAAAAUACAAAAAUUAUUAACUGACCUUGAAAGCACACUGACUCCCUAUUUGCAUAUUUGUAAUAAAUGUAGUUAUCUAUUUGGGGUGGGCAUGCAUACUGUAUAUAGUUCAUGUUGCUUAUUUCAGCAGCUUACCCUGGCUGUAAAGAUGGACAAACUGAUAUAAUUAUUUACUGAAUCAGCAUGUUAAACUUUCUCCCUCUGCUUAAGGCUAUAUGUGUCUUCAAGAAAAAUACCAGCAGAUGAAAAGGAGUCUCCCCUGAAGUGGUGUAGGCAUGUGUUAGACAAUCCUAGUCCUGAGACAGAGGCAGCCUGCCGUACCCUAAUUAGCAGACUUGACCAAGGUAGGUGAGCUGAAUGUGUUUGAAAGGGUGUUUUAAUAUUUUGUGUUGUAUGGCUGCUGCGAAAAAAAACAGAAGGGUCAAAAUUAUUAUUGUCAGUGUGAUCCUGUCCAUGUCUGCCCAAAAGAAAGUGCAAUUGAGUUCAAUAUGACUUAUUCCCUGGAAGGUGAGUGUAGGAUUGAGGCCUUGGUUGUCACAAGAAUUACCAAGCAGAUAAACCAUGAAGGUUCUCAAAGCACCUGCAAAGUUAAAUUUGAUUGGACAAUUCUGCUCCUUCCAUAGGUAGUAUUUGGAAUUUUGCAAUUGAAUUUAGUUCAAAGAGCUUUGAUACCUUGAUCUCUUGUUUUGCUCUUUAGCAUUUUCUUGCCAGAGCUUAAACCACAUUGCAUUAGCACUAAUGGCUGGGCAGGGUGCCAUGGAGAUAAUCUUUCUAAGCUUGCCAGAGGCAAGGUGGUGUACAUGAUACUUGGGCUGAGGUGGCUUCAUCAGUAGAUGAUAAUACUAAGUAUACAGCUUUGGUAACUUCAUGUCAAAUAGAGAAUCACUUUUAACCAUAAAUAAACAUUUUCUUGAAUUUUUGAUACUGUAUUUGCUUCAAACAGUUUUUCAGAAUAAAGAUAAUUAAUCAUAACAUAAUCACUGUGUGAUGUAUUAGUUGUUUAAAAGUAUACAUGUCUGUUAUAAUAAUAACUGUUCUAGAUGUGACCAGUGCUAUGGAUGGAGCUGAAAGCUCCUGUACCCCAAUUAAUCUUUGUUUAUUUUUUUCAACGUAGGGGAACAAUAUGGAAAAUUUAUACUUAUUAUCAUAUCUGACUCAGUUAGCCCAGGACUGCUAACAAUCGUUAAUGUUAAAGCCAUCAAUAUUGUAGUAAACAAAAGUAAGGCUUUAUGAUCUAUACUUAAAAUCAUCAUGCAAACCUCAUAAUUCUUAUUCACAAACAGGAGAGUGUUUUUUUAGAAAGCUCUGAAAAAUGAAACUCCUGUGGAUUCUAAUUCUAUCCAUGUCUAAUCAAAUGUAAAUUCUUUUAGACCAUUAGAUUUCGUGUUAACUGUCUACACACCAUAUAAUAAUAUUGAAGACUUCAAUUUCCUAUCAUUCAUAGCAAGUAAUAGUAGAUGGAUGAUUAGCCUCCUUAUGAGAAGUAUAAACUUUAUAUGCCAACUUUCUGUUAAAACUUGUAGGCAUCAUGGAACAAAAUAAUAAUAAAUACGUCAAUAUAAAAACUGCAGGUGCAAAAGUUUUUUUAAGUUACAAGUUUAAAAGAAUUACAUUCUUGACUAAAUUAUGCUAUUUUAAAAUAAAUAUCGGGAUGGGGUAGAAUGCAAAUAAAAAUCUGUCCUUUUACUCGGAAUCAGUAUCUGAAAGAUUUGUAGUUACUUAUUCUGGAAGAUUUGCAUGUAUUUUAACAAGCAUCUCAACACUUUUCACACAUUUCAGUUUGCUCAUUGGUGUGUGAAAAUGUUCAAACAUUGAUCAUUUGCUUCAUAAUGCAGAAAAUAGAGGUCUGAGGCAAGUGAGAAGCAAGAAGAUUCAGAGGAUGUGUUCUACAUAGAUAAUUGUAUGUUGCAGUGGCAAUCUGCUUGGCAGAAUCCUUCUCUUGAUUGCAUUUCUGCUUCAAAUACUGAAAAUAUGUUUUGUAUGUACUCUGCAAUACUCUUAAGAUUGCUUGUUCAGCAAUUAAGUCAAGUUGGUAGCCAUGUUAUAAUUGCUAAUUUUACUAGCUUUGAUCUUGAAUAUAAAAGUUGCAUCCAUAUGUAUUAGCUGUGGUAGCAAUAUGUUUUUAAAAUGCUUUCAGAAGGGUUGUGCUUACUGUGAAAAAAAGUCAUAAAAGUCCCAUUUGCUCCAUUGCCUUGGUUAUAGGGGAGUAAAGAAUUCCCACCCUCUUUUUUAAAUGAGCCCUUCAGACUUCUGUUUUCCACAGAUCUCCUCUUGCACCAAGGCACCAGGAUUUUGUUAGCCUACAUACAGCCAGCAACAGAAAACUGACAAGGCUCUGAUGACUGGUAGAGUGGAGAGAGACACAUCCCUCCAAAGCCCAGUUUUGUCACUUGGCAUCUAUCAGCCUGCUCAGGGAGGCAGAAACACAGUAUAAUUGCCUGCUACUGGGUGGCCAAAUAUUAAUCUUACUAUUUUCAAAAUGGCUCUUAAUAUGUGUAAGGUGAACACUGUAAUCAUUUUGUCUUGAACUAUUAAACAAGCCUAUAUUCACACCCUGGAAAUGUAUUCAGACCACCUGGAAAUGGUCUGAAAUAUUGUUCAGGCUUCUACCCAUUUCCAUUUUAUGGCUGAGUUGGUCUCUCUAGAAGGCAUUCAGUUAGCUUUCAAAGAAUCUAAAUGUCCAUUGUAUCAUGAGGUACCAUUCUGAGUUGAGGGAUUUCAAGGACAAGAUGGUUCAGAAUAAGGCUUGAUUGUUCUCUGCACUAAUAACACCACUCCUUUUUGAACUCUCAACAUUAACUUGUUUUAGAUCCUAGCUGCAACUAAUGAUGGGAAAUCUGUCUUUGAUUUUAAAUGUCUGUAUGCCAAGUACCUGUGGACUAUUCAUGCAGGGUUUUUAUAGCUGUUAUUUGCAGCAUGUCUUUCAAAACUUCUUAAUACACUUUAAAUGAAAGUGCUUUAAGAGAGCAUUGAGAAGAGAAGGACAACAUUAUUUUCCCUCAUUCCCGUGAGUCCACAGAUGGCUGCUUCAUGGGACUACUCUGCCUGUAUCUGGAUCAGCAGGAUAGCUGAUUCACACUGAUUACUCUUGGAUGUUUGAUUUCUAGAAUGCACGAUGUAUAUUGUAUAUUAUUAUCCUGUACCACAUUGGGUGAUGUGAAACAAAGCUUCUUGUCCCUGCUUGGGGUAGGCCAGCUACUUUACCAGCAUAAAUGUUAAUUGCACUAGACUGAGGCUAGCUUUGCUCCUCAGGACUGGCACAAAACGAUAUUUGUGAACUAUUUAAAUCCUCACUUUCAGGAUGACUUAGAGGUCAAAAUUAUCUUGUCUUCCCACAUAGGGGAGCUAUCCCAUCUACCCUGUCUAUAUAUUAUCUGGGAAGCAUGGAAAGAGGAAGCACUAUUAGUAUUUCAGUAUAAUGCAUGAAGCACUCUCCUUCUGUCUGAUAUUUUUGAUGCUGUCUCAGGUAUAUAUGGGGAGAGCAUUAUAAGCUGAGGCAGAAGCAAUUGUAUUGUUUGUCUUUACAUUUGCAGGCAUGCAGUAUUAAGCCAAGGAGAGAACCCUGUAUGCAGAACUGAGAACUGUCUUAAUUUUUUUCUAUAUUCCAGACACUUUAAACUGUUGGUAAUCAAAUGAUUUGUUUGUAUUGUGUUCAGGGUGAGUGUGUCUGGCAUGUAAUGCAUGCAAAUGUAGUCUGUCACUCCUUCUGCACAUAUCUUUAUUUAACUUGGUAAAGUUACAUGGCUUUCUUGUAUUUUCCUUUAGCCAGUAGGUGGAAAUCCAUGUAUUGCGGUCCACUGGCAUCUUCAAGUGUGCAUAACUUGAAUACAGACACAGGGUCCUGUAGCAAUGCACUAAACAUACCCGGGUACUGCAAAUCAACUAACAAACCGCUACUAACUUGUGGCAGCUCAGGUACGGCAUGGCAUUGGGGACAGUUUCAGAGGACUGGAGGUGGGAGAUGCAUGAGGGAGUGGGGGAGGAAGAGGUGAGACUGGCUUGGUAUCUUCAGGCUUAACGUGAUUGCCUAAUUCUUUUUCUUGCCUUUGUCUAAUGCUGAUUGUUUAGACCUCUUUGCUUGUUUGUGAUAAUUCUGGGGAAUUUAAAAAGUUUGAUUUCUUGAGAGAAAAGUCCACCUCCCAGUACAACUGAGCAUUUCAUUUCUGGGGCAUUUGAUUGGUCUUUAAAAUAAAGCCCUGAUGAAGCCUCCUGUUACAGGACUUCCCUCUGCUGCUUUGCCACUUCAUGGUUUGUAUGAAGACUUGUUGUUUAACUUGCAUGUGUAAAAUUCCUUCUGUAUUGGGGGAGGAUUAGCUUGACAUUUGAAGUCAAAGGACUGUAUAUAAAUGGGCAUGUGAGUUUCUCUGCUUAGACUUGGGAAAAACUUCAAUUGGUCAAAGUGUUUUCCAAAGAGUAGUGUGACCAGUAUGCACAGGUGACAACAGCAUAACCAGACCACAUAACUAGAGGCCAAUCAGAUGCCUAUGGAAAGCCCACAAGCAAGGCAUGAUAGCAAUAGCCCUUUCCUGCUGUUGGUACUCAGCAACAGACAAAUUCAUGCCUCUGAAUACAGUGGUACCUUGGGUUACGAACUUAAUUUGUUCCGGAGGUCCGUUCUUAACCCGAAACUGUUCUUAACCCGAGGCGCUCUUUCGCUAAUGGGGCCUCCCGCUGCCGCCAUGCCACCACCACACGAUUUCGUUCUCAUCCUGGGGCAAAGUUCACAACCCGGAGCAACUACUUCCGGGUUAGCGGAGUUUGUAACCUGAAACAUUUGUAACCCGAAGCGUUUGUAAACCAAGGUGCCACUGUACCUGAUCAUAGCUGUCAUCAUGUCUAAGAGUCUGAGGGAAUUAAGAUUGCUGCGGUUAGACUUGAAUGCACAUCCUGCCUAAAUACAUAUGAACCAUGUAAUAUAAUUAGCUUAGGUUCUUGGUCUGUGAGUAAGCCUGUAUUUUCCUUAAGGUGUCCUAGGGCUUGGUUAGUAGCCAUUUACCUGGUUAUCUAUGAUGAGUAAGAAUAUCUUUCGGCAAUCAACCAAAGAAACUUGACAAAUAUUGGACUGUAGGUUGUUUCCUUUUAGGUCACAAAUGAACUAGAAGAUGGGUUAGAAAAAAACAUGAUAAAUGAAAGCUGCCUUAUACUGAGGUGGUACAUCUAGCUCAAUAUUAUCUACACUGACAAUGGCUUUCCAGGGUUUCAGAGACUAGGAGGCUUUCUCUGUCCUACCUGAAGAUGCCAGGGUUUGAACUCAAGACCUUCUGCAUGCAAAGCAAAUAUUUGACAGCCCUUCUCUACAAACAAGCAAACCUUUGUGGGGACUCGCAGUGGGUUUGGACAGAAAAGGGGCUGUUCUUCUCUCUUGCCCAGUUUUUGUAUUGGGCUUUUAAAUUUUUUAAAUAGUCAAUCAUUUAUGAUGUUUUCAGGCAAAAAGUGUUCCCCUCUCUGAAAGUGUCUUAUAGGAAACUUGGGACUCAGCCUAAAUCCACAGUGUCUGAAUCGAGGAGGAAGGGAUAAUAUGGAGGACUCCUAAAUCUACCUCCAGCAAGAGGACAAGAAAGGUUUUGAUUGUUGCAAUCUAGGAGGCUUUGAUGCAUGAAGAUUUGGUGAUCUGAUUUGGUUUAUUUGUUUUCGCCAUAGCCAGAAGAAGGGGUACCUUUUAUUUUAAAAAGAACAUGUCUACAAAUAUUGUAUGAACACAUUUCAUUCUAAAAGACAUCUCCCUUUGACGUACAGUGCCUGUUUUCUUAUUUGGGAAAUGGGGAAUGAUGGCAGUUAAGAGAGUCACUAGGUCAUCAUAGGCCUAGCUGUAGCUCCACCAAAAUUCUUUCAAGGGCCCUAGACCGUUCCCUGCUCCCCUACACCCCUGCUUAGAUACUAUAUGCCAUUGGGCCAUUAAAUUAUUAUGACCUUCCCAAAGUGAAGGGCAGGAUGUUAACAAUAAUAGGUAAAAAGGUAAAGGUAAAUGACCCCUGGAUGGUGAAGUCCGGUCAAAGGGGACCAUGGGGUGUGGUGCUCAUUUCGCUUCAGGCUGAGGGAGCUGGCCAGUAUGACUAAACCGCUUCUAGUGUGAUAGGACACCGUGACGAGUGCCAGAGUGCAUGGAAACACUGUUUACCUUCCCGCUGCAGCAGUACCUAUUUAUCUACUCACACUGGCAUGCUUUCAAACUGCUAGGUUGGCAGGAGCUGGGACAGAGCAAUGGGAGCUCAUCCUGUCAUGGGGAUUCGAACCACCACUUCUUGAUCAGCAAGCCCAAGAAGUUUGGUGGUUUAGACCACAGCACCACCCGUGUCCCUAGAUGAAAACUAUGUUAAAUGCAAACUCUGUAUUUGUGGGCCUUCUCUGUAAUUUAGUUACAUAAGGAAGUUCUCUUACUCAUAAGUAAUUGCUAAUUAAUCUUAAUGGUAAACAUGAAUGCUUUAUAAGGAAGUGUCACUGUACUCAUUACAGUGGUGCCCCGCAAGACGAAUGCCUCGCAAGACGAAAAACUCGCUAGACGAAAGGGUUUUGCGUUUUUUGAGUCGUUCCGCAAGACGAAUUUUCCUAUGGGCUUGCUUCGCAAGACGAAACGUCUUGCGAGUUCUUGCGAGUUUGUUUCCUUUUUCUUAAAGCCGCUAAUAGCCGCUAAGCCGCUAACAGCCGUGCUUCGCAAGACGAAAAAACUGCAAGACGAAGAGACUCACGGAACGGAUUAAUUUCGUCUUGCGAGACACCACUGUACUAGACUCAAACAAGGCUGUGUACCUAGUAUGCUACUACUAGUGAGUUUUAAAGAAUACUUUCUAGUCCUCAUUUUGACUUUUCUCUCUCCUCCACCACUUCUGAAAGGUUAUGUGGGCAUGCAUUCAGCAUUGAGCUCUCAGUCUUCCGUUGACAGUGAACUCAGUACCUCAGAUGACUCUAUUACGAUGGGAUACAAACUGCAAGACUUGACAGAUGUGCUGGUUAUGGCCCGUCUACAGGAAGAAAGUAUGUGAAAGCAAUUUAUUUUCCUCUACAUUAGGACAGUAUCGCCUACAACAAGAGGUUUUAAAAAACUGCCCAAAUAGAGGCUAAAUAACAUUUUACUUUUGUGUUUUCUCCCUAUAUGUAACAUUUUAAUUUUGUUUUCUCGCAUUAUAUGUAACACAGUAACACAAAUUCUCCACUUAGAUUGGGUAAUUGAGUAGCCCUGCUGAAUAAAUUAUAUUGAUACUAGUAAAUGUUGUGAACAGUAUAUGUGUAAGGACUACUGUUGCUCUGAUGAAUGUAAAACCUUUCAGACUCAUUGCAGUUGCUUCUGGAUCAAGAGCACCUUUUCAGUUUAGGUGAUGGUCAGGUGUACAGGCUGAUUUGGGGGAAAAAUAAGUUUGACAGCAAACUUAGCGUUUGCUGAACAGGAGAACAGGUUGGAAUAGCAUAUCUAGUCCUGGGACCUUGGUCUGGAAACAGUAUCUUUGUGAAAAGUGCAGCAAAAUUCCGCCAGCUUCUUUAAACUAAAUAAGUCUUUUACUAUCUGCAGUGUAUGAAACACAUAUGGAGCAUUUGGUUUCUCAUACAUAUAUGCACUUCACAGCUAAAAAACUCGUUGAAAUCUCCAUGGAUUUUGUUAUGCCCUGAAUGUGGGUGUCAUGACCUGUAAGCAGCUGCUUUGCAGGGUGUCUAGCUUUCACAACUGCAAUUUCAAUGUUCUGAAGUUACUGAGAAGACAUGGGGUUAGAGGCAUCAAAAGCUGUGGCAUAAAUUAGUGUUUUUUGGUGCAAAAAUGUGUCCAUCUUAUAUAUUGGGAUCUUCAGUUGAGCUGUUGUGUUAGCUGUUGUGUUAGUCUGCAGAUGUUUUUGCUUAGGUGGGAUUUAAAAUGGAAACAAAGUACCGUAUUUUUUGCACCAUAACACUCACUUUUUUCCUCCUAGAAAGUAAGGGGAAAUGUCUGUGCGUGUUAUGGAGGGAAUGCCUACGGGUGGCAUGCCUACGGAUUUUCCUCCUCUAAAAACUACGUGCGUGUUAUGGUCGGGUGUGUGUUAUAGAGCGAAAAAUACGGUAACUUGAAUUAUCCUAUUAAGAGAACUUAAACAGGAGCAAAUGGGCUGGGUGGCUGCUUGUUAACAGUAUUAUCCCACUGGAAGACAAUCCAGUCGAAUAGUGGGGAAGCAAAGAUCCAUAACAAAAUGAUGGAUGCAGUGUGUGUGUGUAAAUGCUUUUUGUUGUUGUUUCAACAAAUGUCUUGUUAACCUUCCUGCAAUUUAAAAUUCAAGCGAUUCAUUUUAAAUAACCACACACAUCGCUGUAAAACUAUAUGUGUAGUCAGGGCUUUUCCCCCAGCCGGAAUACAUAGCAACGCAGUUCUGGCACCUCUCAGGUGGGUGUCAUUGCCAUUAUAAGAGAACAUGGUAGGCAUUCAUGGUGAGUUCUGGCACCAAUCUAGAAAUAUAGCAUUGUGUACACAGUGCUAGUACUGUUUGUACAGUUUGUAACUAGGUUUUAAAAGUAGCAUAAAAUGUGAGCACCUGAUGGGAAUAUAUCAUGCUGAAUGAUUAUCUUCCAUCUCUAGGGUUUGGAACAAUAUUUCUGAUUGCACCACUGUGAUUGUGACAAGCAGUGUAUUAUGUCUUUGCUUUCUGUCUGGUUUAGUAGUUCAGUGGUGGGUCAUAUCGUAGAAACUUCAGCAAAGAUAUGUCAGGCAAGAACUCUGGGAAAAAACAAUGAUCAAUAACUGUAUCCUUUGUUGUUGGCCAUACUUUAGGUCUUCGCCAGGAUUAUGCCUCCAGCUCAGCCUCUGUUUCCCGUCGUAGUUCCAGUGCUUCUUUGCAUUCAUUGCGCAAAGGCACCUACAGUGACCAAGACUUUGACACAUACAGUCUGGAGGAUGAGGAUGAUGGCUGUUCCUUUUCCUAUCAUAGUAGCCACAGAUACUCACCAUCCCCACUGAACUCACCACGGUGCCAGUCCCCAUCCACAAACACAGACUUUGGCAGGGCAACAGGCACCCGGAUUCACACCUCCCGGAGAGCAGUGCAGAAUUCCAUUCCGGAAAGGCUGAAAUAUUCUGGGAAUGAAGGUAUGUGAUUCUCUUGUUGAAUCCAAUCAUGUUUGAGAAGAUCACGUGCCUGCAGUGGUUGUGUAAGUGAAUACAUUAAAGCAGUUGGAUUUCUCAUUGUCUUUGCAUUUCCCUUAUAGAAGAGCUAAGGCACAGCAUGCCUAACCUGGCCAGAACAGGUCGGCGUUCCUUGGAGUCUAUAAAGAACAGCCGCAGCUUGGAGUCAGAUCUGCAGGUUCCCGGUAGUCGACUCUCCAGAAUCAAUCAGCCAUCGGCUGGUAAGUUAGCUUUUCUUUCUGUGAAUGUUGGUUACUUAUCUUAAAAACAGAUAAGACAGAGGUACUGGUAGGUUGGGGGUUAUGAUAAUCUUGCAAUAGACAUGCAGCCUGUUCUGGAUGGGGUUACACUUUCUGAGAAGUAGCUGGUUCACAGCUUGGAGAUGCUGUUGGAUCCAUCUCUGCAAACUAGUUGUACAUUUUCCCGAGGGUGUUGGACCGAAGUUCAUUCAUGGCAUUGUCAUCUCCUGGUUUGAUUAUUGUAAUGUGCUCUAUAUGCAGCGGCAGAAUACAGCUGCUGUCCAGAAUACAGCUGCUAAGGUUUUGUCUAGAGCCAGGAGGUGGAACAUGCCAUCCUAAUUUUUACCAACUUGUUUGGCUACCAAUUUUGUGUCUAGGAUCAAUUCAUGCUUGGGUCCUAAACAGCCUGGAACAGGUUAUCUCAACAAUCGCCUUCUUCCAUAAAGCAUUUCUUGAGAAUUCCACUUCACUUCCGAAGCACUUCUUUCUGUCGCUGCAUUGAUAAUUAGGAAUGAAAACAGGGCCUUUUCUAUUGUGUCACUCAGUCUGUGGAACUACCUCCCAAGAGAGGUGCAUCUGACUCCCUCGUGGUCUGCUUUUAGGAUGGCAUUGAAGAUUCUCUUUCAGUGGGAAGUCUUCAGGAAUGAACUCUAAUGGCUAUUCUUGGGGUUGUUUGGGGGAGGGGGUGUCCUGGUUUUUUUGUUUUAUUUUAAAUUUUGUAAUCCUGAGGAGACAGGAUAUAAACUUUGUAAAUCUUUUUGUGGUCUCACUUGUGCCUUUUCUCCCACCCCACUUCAAGGUCUGGCUCCAAGUAAGCUCCGCUAUUCCUCGGGUGCUGGGAAGCCACCCUUAAUAGUCCGACAGCCAAUGAAAGCAGGUUCUUGUGCCAGUAGUCCCAUAACACCACAGCAGUCCGUUAGAGCUGCUGGUUUUGCCAGUACUGUUGGCAGAGUUCGAAAGCUACAGGCUUCCACACAGCAUCCAAAUUCUGCUGGUGGUGGCAGUUUGGUGGCUAGAAGCAAUAGUAUGGCCACAGGAGCAAAACACGCCCUUCCAAAAAGUAGAACGUCCAUUGGGGGAGCAUCCUCCCUGAAGAGCAAGCUGGCACAGCCAGCCAAGAGGUAAGAGCUAAAAGCUUUAAGUGCAAAGUAAAAAAAGGAUGCUCUGGGCUUGUGCCCUGAGAAUUAAGAAGUAUCUGUGCUGUUGGCUUGGUUGGGAUAGCAAUAUUGGCUUCUAAUAUUAUUUGCAUUGGAGUCAGGACUCCACAGUUUUGCUCACCACAGCAAAACACCCAUCACCCUUGGGCAAGAGUCCAAAGGCAUUCUCCUAGUUCUGGAGAUGCAGUGUGGGGCAGAAUGAUCCCUACCUCCUCAGCUGAAAAAUUGGAAGAAAACUGUAACUUUUUUUGUUGUUGCUACAUGGCCAGGUGCUUGGAGCAUCUGGCAAGCACGGGCGCAAAGCAAGCUUCUGCCUGCCGUCCACUUUCAAGAUGGAAGUUUGUUUCCAACUUCAUGACAUCUCAGGGACACAGUGCAAAAUCAGAGGCAAUGCUUGAUUUGUGGUUAUAUGAUCCUGGCAUCCACAAUUUUUUUGGCUCACCAAGGCCAACCAAAAUUUGUCGACCAAUUGUGAUAAUUUCCUUCAACUUUAGAGGAAAACACAGAAGCUCUAUCAGAAUUCAGUGGAACUUCCUUCUGAGUGGUCAGGUUUAGGGGCAGUGUGUUAAGUUUCUUUGCUUCAACCAUGAAAUGUAAAAAGGCAAACAUGAUGUGGGAUUGAGGAUUGAUCAUUCUAUGAUAUUAUGGCAGUGGACAAAGCUGUAUUGUAACUUUUGAAUAAAUGCUUUUGUUUUUUUUAAAACGGGAAAUAUAAGCAUGGAGGUGGAUGUGAGGGCAGGUGCUUGCAGCAAGAGAUUAGGGAGUCAUUAUAGUCGUGAGUUGCUGUUACUUUUGCUAAUUCUGAACUGACUUAUUGGGUGAAGUGCUGUCUGCAUAAUUCUGUCCUCAACAAGCAGUAAGUGGCUGUAGUAAAGGAAGAUUGCUUGGUAUAUGUGAAAUAUAUGGUGCUUAAACCAUCUAUUUUGAGGUUGGCCUUGUGUUUGGUAUAGAAUUGAUGCUAGUGCACAGGGAAGAAUCCUGGUUCUUGGAUAGCUACAGGGAUGUUGAGAAGCAUGCAUGUUUUAAAAGCCAACCAAUGUACUUUUGCUUUGAUGACAUUUAUUUCAGCUGUAGAGCUCUCUGAUAUGGUAACCACUGUAUCACCUUGGAUUUCCUAUGUGACAAUCAAGGUUCCAUGUUUGUGCAACAUGCCCGGGAAAAAAUCACCCCCUAUGAAAAGACUGCAUUUUUAAUUGAACAAAUAAGAGUACUGCUCAAUACCUAAUGUUUCUCUUUGGUGGAUAUAAGAGAAGCAGUAUACAUUGUAGUAGGGAAAGUUGUGUUACAUCUAUUUUGCUGCAUAUCAGUUUUCUGGAACCAACCUUUCAUUAUAAUUUCCCAACACAUGCACAUGCAGUAAAACACAUUAACACCUGUUGUUCUUGCAGCUGUGUAGAAAACAGACGUCCUGAGCACAUUUGGGGAGAAAGCUAGUUUUCUUUGUGCUUGGAGUUUUUUAAUACAGCAGAGCAUUCAAACAUUACUUUAGCAACAGAUACAGCGCAUAAGUGCUAAUCAUGUAUGUUGGCUCUUACUCUAUUACAGUAGCAUGUGGCUACUCCUCUAAAGUACUUAAUUUUUUGUAUCCCAACAGAUUUCCGAAGGCCAGUGUUUCUGCUGAUGACUCUUGGAAAGAAGGGUGCUUCUGAGCCAAUGUGAAGUUACAGUGGUACCUCGGGUUACAUUCGUUUCAGGUUACAGACACCGCUAACCCAGAAAUAGUACCUCAGGUUAAGAACUUUGCUUCAGGAUGAGGACAGAAAUUGUGCUGCGGUGGCAGCGGGAGGCCCCAUUAGCUAAAGUGGUACCUCAGGUUAAGAACAGUUUCAGGUUAAGAACAGACCUCCAGAACGAAUUAAUUUCUUAACCCUAGGUACGACUGUACUGAUAAACAGUGACUGGUUGGUUUGGGAAAUACUGCAGUUGGACCAAGAGCCCAGCUGGCUGGGCAGGAGAGGAUCUUAAAAGUCUACUCAUCUUUAGCAUCAGUGCACCUGAGCAACAGGGAUAUUUUUCUGAAUUCAUGCCACCUCUUUGCCUUUGUUUUAUUUCAGUGGUAGAAAUUGACUGCCUUUAUUUUGCUUUAGCUGUUAUAUUCUUAUUGCUUUGUACUUGGGAAUAUAGAAAGCUUCCUGAUUACACUUGAACAUUUGUUUGAACAUUCCCCCCAAGGGGGGGAGGAGACGAGCACAGGAUAGUGCCCCUAUGGCUAUUUUUUUGGGGGGGGGGGUUCCCUCCCAAAAAGCAUCUAGAGAAGUAGAAAUAAUUAGAAAUUACAGUGUCAUAUGGGGUAUCUUAACUUUUCUAGGAACUUUUCAGAGGUUUUCUAAUUAUCCCAAGUCUGGGUAUCUCAGUUACUUUGAUUAUAGUAGUGGUUGAAGCUGGUUUUUGAUCAUUGAUAGUACACACUCCCAAAUAAAUAUAUCAAAACACCAA